GGGAGCAAAAAGAAUCGUAAAGAAGAUCCGAUAUUAUCAAAAUAUAUUUAUAAAUCCCAAAACAGGAAGAGUGGAGAGUGUGUAUCACAAAAUUUGUACAAAAUAGAGAGGCGGGCAAAAUAGAGGGAAAAAGGGGGGGGGGGGUGGGGACCAAGCUCUUAUGUAGGCCAGUCCAUUCCGGCGCAAAGCUUGCUCAUCUCCUAACAAGCUGCAACAAGCUGCAGCCAUAGCAGCUCGCCAUUGUUUGCCUCCCCCAUAUCGGAUAUGAGACUUGCGGGUUUCAAAGCGUGGGCUGUGGCCCUGUGGGGAACUUCCAAGGUUGCGGCGGGGCGCCAAAACGAAGAGACCUGGGCAUUUAACGACGACCGCUGACGGCGCUGAGAGCUCGUAAACCGGAGUGCUAAAAGUGAAGAACAACGCGCCUUUUCGGACGAUAGUAGACGCUAGACUGAGUUCGCGAUGGGACGAGAAAUUUCUCAGAAUUCCAGUAGCUGGAGAGAAGGAGUUGAACCGCCAAUCGCCAGGUCAAGGGGGGACCCAACCCCACACUGAACCGCCGAAGAGCCCGCCUCUCCAUUGUGCAGGGUCCUUGUUGCCGAAGUUCUGCUCCGGCGAGAAACGGAGGCGUUCUCAUGAUCUUAAAAGUUGGAAGGCUCAAGCAACGAACAACAAAUCGCUGACUCUCACAUGAAUAAAACGCAAACGUGCGACCUUCUGUUUAAAGGAAGGGUGUUCAGCCCAUGCACAAUAUAUGAUGAUUAUUAUUAUUGCCAUGCUGGAUGCGGAUUAUGAAGCUCUAUGCAAUGAGACAAAAUUUCAUCCGGGUGUUUGGGUGCGAAUGCCGAGAGCCGGGCCUGUACCUGAAAUAUUUUUUUUGCCCUUUGAAUGCAUAGUACCGAGAUGUAGUUGUUAUCUCUCAACAUACGCAGUAAGCAUAAAAACUGCCGCUGUUCAUAUUUGGAUCAUUAUUAUUGAUUUUGUGAGCCUGUUCGCCAUCUAAUAAACUUGCGGAAAAAAUCAAUAAUUCUAAAUGUUUGCAAGAGGGUCCAAGGGCGCAGGAAUUUGCCAAGCUGGUGAAAUUACCUCGGGCUGCGGCCGAUUGUUCUCCAGGAGGACGGUUGGUGGAUGGUGUUCGGUACCUAGGUACCUUGAUACCCCAAACAUGUAAGGAGAAUUAAGUUUUGUGUGGGCCACUGGAAUAAUUUUGCGUGCUGGUUUUCAGGCUGCUUCGUGGAUUACUGAUGAUUUGCCCUGGAAGCACCUCUUGAGACUCGCUAAUUCAGGUCAUGAUGCCUUGUGCUCUAGAAGCUUCAAUGUAAUAAGUACUGAGCAGUUUCUCAUAUGGUCUACUAAUUGCCCGAUCUUGGAAGUUCGCGGAAAGUUGAGAUCAUGGGGUAGCCAGAAUUUGAUUAUUUAUGGCCAAAGUAGUUUUUGCUUUCGGAGUUUUGCGUUUGUUCGGGCUUGCGCGGUCAGGUGGCCAAACUGUGGGACAAAACAGGUUGUUUCGUCCAACCUUGGCUCAGGAAAUCCUUGUUGUUGGACUCUCGAGUUGGGUUUUCGAGAUCGAGAUGCCUGCAACGACCACACAAAAGUCCGGGGUCGGACGCUUAACUACUUCCUUUCAGCCCUAGAUUUUAACCAUUUGCCUGAAGGCUGAGACUGAGAAAACGAAGCGGCCAGCUUCGGGGUUCCCCAAUAUUCUGCGUCGGGCAUUCCUUUAUCGGCGGUCAUCCUCUCAAGCCAAUGUGGCACCCAUUCGGGCAAGUCUUCUGGGUUGUUCAUCUAGGCUAGGAAAACCUAAGCCAUCGUUAGCUACCGAAGAAGUUUUGGCUAGCCUGCUUUGGAGAUCCAUUGCUCCCAUGCGACUGGCCAGCUCAAACCCUUCAAUUACGAGGGGUGAUACUGAUUAGUAAAGCGGGGGAGGGGCAGGAUUUUCAAUGAUAAGAAGGAACAUGGUCAGACUUGCAGAUUCGUUGGUAGCCGUCACUCCCUAUGCAAUGAAAGGAAAUAGUUAUUUAUAUCAGUUGGAUGCUAGAAUCCUGUUGUUUUGUUCGACGACGUACGUUGGUAACCUCGAAAUCCCCGUGAUCUGGCAUGCCCUAAUCGUCCGCGGUUAGUCCCGUAUGCUGGACUUGAUGGCCUUGUCUUCAACCUCAUCGGAAGACGACUCUCAAACUGUUGAAUUUGUGCUGUAGAGUUCGUGGGAUUUCCAAUGGUUCCGCCUCUCCUUUGCCCUGCCUCUAGCGCCUCCCGCCACGCGAUUGUUCCUUCUGGAACACUUAUUAGUUAAUGGAGCAACGAGCUAGGUAGCUCACUUUAUUCAUGGAGCUUGGGAUUGCUCCACAUUGCUUCGCCGCCGAAUACUUUCCGCCCCAAAGAUGGGGACGGGGACUUCAUUUUUUGUGCCCCAUUGUUAUCCCCCUUCUUGCUAUUUAUUUUAUUUUUAUUUUCAAAGACCUCGAACAAAGGCUGUCAGUUUUCUCUUGGAUCUCCUUCCAUCGUUUUAAAAUUUAAGUUUACCAAAUCUGAUAAACACUGUAUAUACGCUUGGUACCUACCCGGAUGGUUCCCCGAUUCCACCAGGAGAUAAAAAGUUAAAAGUGGCUGCGGAAAGUCCUGCACUUUUCUGGUUGCUCUUCACUUAUGAUUGCUCAGGGGUGGGGUGAAUUCAACUUGGAGUUAUGACUCUAUCACACCAAGGAAGCACCUGAAGUCCUUGGUUCGUUAGAAUAUUUCUCUCGGAUUUUUUUUGGCGUCGAACACCCCGUCUCGGAGAGCCACGUCCAAAUCGAAGAUGAGUCAAAUAAUUUCUGAGAAAGUAUCAGAAAGUGAUAAUUAGCCUUGACGUCAAUCUGAAGUUUUAGUCUGCCUGAACUCUGGCCAUCAAAAUCCCGGAGAGCAUCGCAAGCGUGCUUCGAAGUUUUCGGAAAUCUUCCGUUCAGGCCGUCUAACGGGCACGCUACCGCGAAAGACAACAGAGUUGUGCUGUCAGGUGAGCGACUUGUGUUCUUUUUUGCCUCUAUCGAGUCUACCAAACCAAAAAAAAACCUGUUUUGAAUAUAGCCCUAUCUAUUGGGCACGCCUGGACAAUGCGGGAUUGAAAUAACCAUCACCACCCCUGAGCGGACCCCGCGCGGCCUGACGGACUACCCGCCUGCUUGUUCUCCCUCUCCCUCGCAGAACGGCAUGCCGCUGAUCUAGACUCAUUGCUCAGCGCUCGCCCAGGUAAAUCCCAAGUGCUAAACAAACGAGCUUCCUCUCUUGGGAAUGUACACGAUUAGGGCAUUUUUAGUUUAACUAACGAAAUGAUGACCAAUGCGUCAACAAUCCUUACAUUACAUCACCUGUCUGGUAUUUUCUUUUUGUUCUUGGAAUGAGAGGGAUAAAAACCCACAGACUACGAGUAGAGCACACCAAUAUACUAAUACGAAUCCCGGGAGGGAUUCGCCGACAACUUUUGAUCAAGGCGGGAUAAGGCGAUAACUGCAGUCACAGUCAGUGAGUGAUAAAUAAAUAAUAAUAAAAUUUCUCAGAAUCGAAUCCUUGCGGGGAAGCCGGGGUUGGGUUGCGGAGACAGUCGGGAUAGCAGACUAGCUUGGCUGGGAAUAUCUCGGCCGAGGGCGCCCAGAAAGCAACCAUCCGAUAUCUGUUCGUUUGCCUCUAGGGUGAUAAUAAUAAUUAUUUUUUUCUCCUUGCGCUUCUUGCCGGGGCGUCCAUCAUGUGGGGCUUCCGCAAUCGUUUCCUUCCAUGCUGAUAUAAGACAGCAUAGCUAACUAACUAUACAAAAGGAUGUAGCCCGCCAGCUUUCAAUCUGUUACUUAGAUGUUGAUUCCCAGCACAAUUGCCGUGAUAAUUAACCAACGGCUUAGAUCAUGUUAUUUACACACAGUCCGGGGUCAUUUGUAACGGAUGUGACAUCGCAGACCACUAGCAUGCGACAUAUAUCUACAAUCUUCACAUACUACUUCGAGGAGCCAUCCUAGUUUACAACCUGAUGGAAGGGAGAGCCAAUAUCCUCAGUCAUCACGCGCUCCAUACAACCUCUGCCUCGUUCAAGUGGUGGUCCCAAAUUAGCGAGUAGAAAUCCGUUGUGCAGAUUUACGGGACAGAGAUGUUUACGUGCCAUGAAACUUAUACCACAGGGGGAACAGCAUAAAAAACUUUUUCAAUCUUGAAAUAGGGGUAUCAGUUACUAAUUGGUACCUUGAGCAGAACAGUAAUAUAACAAACACCCAGAGCUGGAGGGGGAGUUGCAACAAAGAUACCAACUUCUCUAGCCUGAUCCAUUUCCUCUAGAACAUCCUCCACACUUCGAAGAAGAAUAAGCCAUCUAUAGCAAAAUCUUCCUCCCAGCCUCCAGCUCACCUAUUUCCUUACGCAAUUGAGCGCGUUUCCGUCUCAAUUUGGGAUCUUCUCCAGCGAUUUCACUAAGUUGUUCUGCGGACAGGCUUUGGACAAAGGCUGGGGAGAAUUGCUUGAGGGGUGUCUGUCGACCAGCGAUGAGAUGGUAAUCUACCGCUUGCAUGCACACGCUGUCCACGAAGCGUUUCCGAGCUACUCUAUAGUACGAUUUCAAGAUAUCAUGGAGAUCGCGGACGGUAUGCUCGAGGUUACUCAUAUGGUUCUGAUGCACGAUAUCCUGGAGUCGGACGACUGUUCCGUGAGCACGGUCGCUAAUUGCAUGUUUUUGCAUCGCGGUCUCUAUCCGUUUCUGGCGGCUGCAAACAAUGUCAGUAUGUCACACCAAUAUGAACUUCGGGGAGUGGGGAAGGCAUGCCAUUUCUCAAGGUUGUCGUUGAAAUAGUGAUUAAGCGUCAUGGGAAUGCCAUCUCUUUCCACACACAGGAGGAAUUUAACCUGGCGUAGAGACCGCUGGUAUAUCUCAACAAGCGGAUCCAUCAGAAGGGACAGUAAACGUUCACGGACCGGCCGAUCUUUGCAAACCGAUUCCAGUACUUUUAGGAUAAACGAGUGGACUGCACAUAUCAUGUCGCUGACGUAACCGAGCGCAAGAAUUUCCCAGUUGACGGAUUGUUUCUUUACGAUCGGCGACAGAACUGACGGGUUAAAUGUGCCAAUUUCGAAACCACGGCUAUUGCGGAAUGUAUCUCUCAGCCAUGUCAAAAUGUGUGUUUGGAAAGCAUGCUGAACAGUUGUUGGGGGCGUAAGAAUGUCUUCAAGGCCCUCAGGGUCUUUUAUAGACCUACUCGUCGGACCCUGGUUUCCCUCUUCGCGAGCAUCUUCGCCUCCAGAUUCACAUUGAUCCCCAUCGAUCACCUCCCCGGAUUCAUCUUCUCCAUCCGCACUGGAAACAAAGGCAUAUCGAUGUCCCCAAUGCUCCAUGUCCUCAGAAAACCUGUCAUUUCUGUUCACCAAAAUAGUGGGAAGCUUUGUGGACGGCUCUCGAUCGAAUAUAUCAUUGCCACCGUAAUCGGAAGCCAAUGCGAGAAAUGAUAUGUGCUGAACCUUGGUGAUUAUGUCAAGAAGAUACUUUCGUUGGCUGUCUGUAGAGUCCCUCUCUGGGCCUAGGGACGCUAGCGCGUCUUUCUUGCGAGCAAGAGCUUUGCUGAUCUCGGACUUCACCUACUCGAAGUUAUAUCAGUAGUAGACCCUUUAUUUAGUUAUUUAGACUAGUGAAAACUGACAUGGGGAAAUUCCCGGCGGAUAUGCGAGGUAAGAAUCUCCUGGAGCCGCGUGCGCAACGAAUUGAUUCCAACUUUAUCCUCAUCAAUCGUGUUCCAGGGAGAUGUCGACCUGAAGAAACUUUCUUCAGCCUUGUCGCGAUCCUGUGUGCCGUCGUCGAGAUCCUGUUGGCCCUGAUUUCGUACUAAACUCCAUCCCAUCUUCCAACUCGAUUCCUUUUCCAACAGAUGAAUCACUUUUUUUUCGGCGCCCUUGUCAACAAGGUCUGGCUUCUUAAGCCGGAUGUAGUAUUUUUGAAUAUACCUGGAACGUCGAUUAUGCUUAGGUGAUCUUCAUCGGGACCGCAGACCUCCAGCCUAAGAACAUCGGUUGAAAAUGUCUUACCAGAUGUGUCCAGUGAAUCGCUUAACCCCAUGACCCCGUUUACCUAUUAAUGUUAUCCAAUCAGUCGGCAAUAGUUCAGAGUGCACAUGGCAAAAGCGAACUCACUUUAGCCAUGAUGUUCGCGAAAGAAGGCCGGUUCAGUUCUGGAAGAUCGACAAUUCCCCAGGAACGGACAUGUUCGGCAUGUUCAAGGUUCGCAUCUGCACCAGGUAUAAUCGACACAGUAAUUCUCUUCUCCUCCGCCCUCCGAAAGGUGAUUUGAGUUGCGAAUCUUGUGCAGAGGCCACUGUCGCGAGGAAAUGGUAACUUUGUCAGGCCUUCAAGAACCGAGCUUUUACCAGACGAUUGAUCUCCAACGACAACUAGUUGAGGCAGAGCAAUAUGGCUCCCCACAUUACAAGCAAACAGUUUAUCAAUUUUGUCCAGCAGCGUAGGGUCGGAGAGCUUAUGGUAGGCGCCGGAUUCCGACUCCAUUCUGACGGAUAACAAAGUCCAAGGCUUCAGUCUCUGGAUACUAGAUUGAUGUAGCAGGCCUGGGGGAAAAGGUGGUAUAUAUAGACAAAUUCAUGUCUUCCAGAUCCCAUAGAGUCCAAUAAACUGGUCUAGAGGAAUUCCGGGCAAAGUCCACUGGAUGCUUCUGAGGAUCACCACAGCUGAGAAUGAAUAGCUGUUGAUAUUGAUGAUAAAGAAAUAUCUGUGAUCCUUCUUAUGCAGCAGCUGUAGCAUCCCAUUUAUUGGACUUUAUCAAAGGAAUCAUUUGCAUCUGUAACUUGGCCAUCUCACUGGAGGGAGGUGAAUUGUCAUGUACCAGCGGAAAUUGGCUGGGUCAUAAGAAAUGUCUAAAGGAGAUGCCAUCUGUUGACAUAACAGCUUCAGCCAUGCAGUAAUGCACUUUCAUGCUUCACUCAUUGAAGGCAAGCAACAAAAAGGAGUGCAAUUCAUUAGUGUAAAUUGCAAUUGCCCAGCAUCUAUUGCAGGGAUUGACCCAACUCUUUGGCAGUUUCAUUGUGCCCAUCUCCAUGGACAGCUCCAAACAGUCUGGUCCAAAGUUUAGACAGUACAUUUUUUAGCGAGCCAACAUAGUCAAAGACAGUCAUGACAGCAGAUAGAGCCUUUCUUGGUUGCAGGGUGGUGUCUGCAUGGAUGAAACAAAGAACAAAGAGAGGUAGGUAGGGUAGGUUGUGGUUGAUAUCUUUACUAGCGCCAUAUCAACAGUCCGGGUGUCCACGAUCGGUAUUUCUGCUGCCUAGCCGCUAAUCUUGAGUUGUAUGCCACCUCGUACGGAGUUCACGCUCAGUUCGAAACAUCAACUAUCUAGACUGGGUAGAGAAGGUCUGUAUAGGAUGUUCUCUUCUCUCGAUAAUUACUGAAGCCUGGCCGAAUGGCUAAAAAUAUGUGGCUUUUCCUUGCAUGACUAUGACGUUUGUUUGCCCGACUGUCACGCAGAAUGAACACGAGCAUGAUAUUGAUUCCAUCUCAGGCAGCAAAAUUAACAGUAGGAUAUGGAAGAAUGCGGCGGCUAUAUAUACCAUCAUCUGUUCAGGGCAGCAUCUUCCCAAUGCGCCCGCUGAAUUUCGGGUCUCAACGAUAGUCUAUCCAGUGUAUUCAUCGCCUACUUCUCCAUUUCGCUAUCAAAAAUGAAAAUCGCCAUCAUCGGCGCAGGCAUUGGCGGAUGCGCCGCCUAUCUCUCCUUGAAGAAGCGCCUCCCAAAGCCCCCGUCCCCAUCUCAGGACCAUGAAUACACCAUCUAUGAAGCCUACGCUACCCCCCGGGACUUCGAAUCCCCCCAUCCGCUAGGAGAGACCCAUUCUGCCUCCCUCGUUGUGGGCGGAGGUCUUGGCGUGGGUCCCAACGGACUCAGGGUCCUCCAACGGCUGGAUGAAGAACUCUUCCACGACGUUGUACGGGCCGGGUAUCCCUAUGGCACCCUGAAGUUUAUGAACUCGUAUGGCUGGACGCUGAUGCGGAUGUCUACUCGUGGCGGUUCUGACCCGGAGAUUAAUUCCGUUUCCAUGAGCAGACAUGCGAUUUGGAAGACUCUACGGAGUCGCAUUCCGGAUGGCGUUCUUGUCAAUAAGCGUGUUAUGGAGGUUGUGGCUAAUGCGGAUGGACGAAAUAUCAUCAAGUUUGCGGAUGGGAGUCCAGAUGUAGAGGUCGACCUUGUAAUCGGCGCGGAUGGCUUGAAAAGCGUGGCAAAGAAGGCACUGUUUCCCGCGGAAGGGCAGGAUCUGUACCCCCCACAUUAUCAAGGCAUAGUUGGUAUCGGUGGCUUCGUGCCCCUAGCCGACAUCAGCUCACACGUCGAAGCAGGCGCCAUGAAUAUUGUGUUUGGAGGGAACGGGUUCUUUGGCUACUCUCCCUCAGACACAGAUGCUGAAGUCCCUAACCGACACAUACCACAGGGAGUCUUGCCUCCUGGAAAGACCGUUAUGUGGUGGUCUAGCUAUGCCAUUGACGACUGUCCCAAUCCCGAAACCAUCAAUAAAGAAGCCGUAAAACAGGACCUGCAGAAACGACAUGGCGACUGGCGAAAUCCUGUAAUCCAGAAGAUCAUCAACAGCGUCGAAGUCGAAACAAUGUACCCGGUGUGGACAACCCCUGAAUUGCCAACAUGGGAGCGUAACGGGGUUGUGCUGAUUGGAGACGCGGCGCACACCUUACCCCCGACUUCAGGUCAGGGAACAUCGCAGGCACUGGAGGAUGUAGAGUGUUUCUCGAUGUUCUUGGCCUAUUAUUUGAGCCAAGGAUACGACCUUAAAUCUCCAACGGAGACGGAGGCGUUGGCGGAAAAGGCUGCUAUUUCGCAGACUUCGAAAAAAUAUAUGGAAAUCCGCCAGCCGCGGGUUAAGGAUAUUCUCAACAAGGCGAAACGGAUGGAGAAUAAGAAGAGAAACUUGACUAUUUUUGAAGAAUGGAUCUUGUACAUAGUACUUUUUAUCGUUGGCUGCAUGCCAACUCUACCUUGGUCGAAAAACUUGUUUGCUUAUGACGUUGCGGAAGAUGUGAACCGUGUCAUCCAGUCAGAGAAACAAAAGAAGCCGGAAAAAGGCAAGAUGUAGGACUAUCCAUGGGUAUUCAGCGCUUCUCGUGGAUUAGAUCAGCACCACCACCGUAAUUUUAUCUUUAAUGCUCCUCCCUGUUUCCCUUCUCUGAUCUAUCCAUUAUUUGACCCUUCUCCACUCACAUACAUCGUCAAAUGUCCUAGCACAUCUCUAUUUAAUUACAUUAUACCCUUUUGAAUUUUUCUAAUUUCAUUUUGAACACCCCCUAUCCUGCACUUUUUGAAAAAUCAAAAAUGUACUUGCAAGUAGCAAUCCAAAUGGUAAAAAUGAAUACUCACGAUGCUCCACCUCUCUCUCUCUCACAAUGUGCAAAAGAAAACAAUAACAAGAAUGAAAAUACCUCUGAUACCCGUUAUUUCCCGCUGUAGUCAAUUACACUACAUAGCAUAAAACCAUCGACCUGCAAUCCUCGACGAAAACCAUAUACAUCACAUCCCGCGACAUGGGAAUGAGGCAAUCAUUGAACAAGAAAUCAGAAUGAAAAGAAAAGCAAAGCAAAGCAAUGAAAACAUUCAUUGUACCAUCUCUUUCUCUCUGGUCAGAUCAUACAUCUACAUAAACAGACCAAGUAAAACAUCACAACAUUCAUCAGCAUUUCUCAUUAAAACAAAGAAAAUCAUAAAACAUAAACAACGGCAUAAAGAUAAACAUAGAAAUAAUAUAUAAGGGGAAAUGAAAAUGAGAAAAGAAACGAUGAAAACUCCCAACAGGAUCCACCUCCCUGCCAUCUACAUCCACUCCAUUUCCCCAUCCACACAGCAGCUCUGUAAAAAAGAAAAAGAAAAG